UCUUGGAACUGAACCAGAUUAUUAUUCCCACUUAUGGAACUGUGCCGGAUCAGCAAAACCUUCAUACUCCUGAAUGGGCUGAUUUUGAUGAUAAGCCUGACUCCUUGUUCUUCAGCGAUGGGCAGAGAAGAAUUGACUUUGUUUUGGUGUAUGAAGAUGAAAGCAAAAAAAUGACUCAUAAGAGGAGUGAUCGUAAAAAGCAAAAGAGGAAGAGACAAGUAUAUGAAUCAAACCUGAUAAACAAUGGCUUGCAACUUGAAGCAACAAGAUCGGUUUUAGAUGAAAAACUUAUUUUUGUGAAAGUGCAUGCACCUUGGGAAGUGCUGUGCACGUACGCCGAGGUUAUGCACAUCAAAUUGCCUCUGCAGCCCAAUGACCUGAAAACCCGAGACUCAGCUUUCAACUGGUUUAGUCGACUCUUCAGAGUGGAUGAAAAUAUCAUCAAACCUGAGCAAGAGUUUUUCACUGCCCCUUUUCAAAAGGAACUUUUGUCCAACUUUUAUAUUCAAGACAAAGACACAUUUUUCAAUCCUGCAACUAGAAGCCGAAUCGUUCAUUUUAUCCUGUCCCGUGUGGAAUAUGCAACCAAAAACAAUGUGAAAAAGUUUGGCAUUAACAAAUUACUGGACACUGGAAUCUACAAAGCAGCAUUUCCCCUUCAUGACUCUAGUUUUAGGCACCCGUCAAACGAUCCCAACUGCCCAAGUGAACGAUAUCUUCUCUACAGAGAAUGGGCUCAUCCUAAAAACAUUUUUAAACUGCAGCCCCUGGAUUUCAUCAGGAAAUACUAUGGAGAGAAAAUUGGAAUCUACUUUGCUUGGCUGGGCUUUUACACUAAUAUGCUGAUUGUGGCUGCUGUUGUAGGAGUUGGCUGUUUUCUGUAUGGAUGCCUGACAAGGGACAACUGCACAUGGAGCCAAGAAGUAUGUGACCCCAACAUAGGAGGUAAUAUCAUAAUGUGCCCUCAGUGUGAUAAAGUAUGUACCUACUGGAACCUCACCAUCACUUGUGAAUCGUCCAAGAAACUCUGUAUAUUUGAUAGCUUUGGAACACUGGUGUUUGCAGUAUUUAUGGGAAUAUGGGUUACUUUGUUUUUGGAGUUUUGGAAGCGCCGGCAGGCUGAACUGGAGUAUGAAUGGGACACAGUUGAGUACUUAGAGCAAGAAGAACAAGUUCGGCCGGAAUACGAAGCUCGGUGCACUCAUGUAGUAAUGAAUGAAAUCACACAGCAAGAAGAACAUGUGCCAUACACUGCCUGUGGGAAGUGCAUACGGAUGACUUUCUGUACAAGUGCGGUCUUCUUCUGGAUUCUUUUGAUUAUUGCUUCAGUUAUCGGAAUCAUUGUCUACAGGCUCUCGGUUUUCCUGGUGUUUUCUGCAACGUUGCCACAGCACAUUAGUGGAACGGAGGCGAUCCGCAAGUACCUGACUCCGCAGACGGCCACUUCAGUAACUGCUUCGCUCAUCAGCUUUAUCAUCAUUAUGGUGCUCAAUGUCAUCUACGAAAAAGUGGCAAUCCUGAUUACUGACUUUGAGCUUCCAAGGACACAGACCGAUUAUGAAAACAGUCUGACCACAAAGAUGUUCUUGUUCCAGUUCGUCAACUACUAUUCUUCAUGCUUCUACAUAGCCUUCUUUAAGGGUAAAUUUGUAGGUCACCCUGGAAAUCCAGUUUAUUGGCUAGGAAAGUAUCGCAAUGAAGAGUGUGAUCCAGGUGGAUGCCUCCUCGAACUCACAACUCAGCUUGCCAUCAUAGUAGGAGGUAAAGCAAUCUGGAACAACAUUCAAGAAGUGUUUCUUCCUUGGGUUAAGAAUCUAAUCGGAAGAUACUGUGCAGCUGCUAGAUCAGAAAAAGUUGUUCCACGCUGGGAACAGGACUACCACCUGCAGCCCAUUGGAAAACUUGGACUGUUUUAUGAGUAUCUUGAAAUGGUUAUACAGUUUGGCUUUGUCACUCUGUUUGUGGCGUCGUUCCCUCUGGCUCCUCUUCUGGCUCUUAUUAACAACAUGUUGGAAAUCCGGCUUGAUGCGUGGAAGCUGACGACCCAGUUCAGGCGCAUGGUUCCACAGAAGGCACAAGACAUCGGCGCCUGGCAGCCCAUCAUGCAAGGCAUAGCCAUUCUGGCGGUGGUCACCAACGCUAUGAUAAUUGCUUUUACAUCUGACAUGAUUCCUCGUCUGGUUUAUUACUGGUCCUUUUCGGUCCCUCCUUAUGGGAGUCACAGCAGUCACACUAUGAAAGGGUAUAUAAACAGCACGCUUUCUGUCUUCAACGUGUCAGACUUCAAGAAUGCAAGCAAGCCAUUUUCCCCUUGGUUUGGGAACCAAACGACAUGCAGAUACCGGGAUCUCCGCUACCCUCCUGGUCACCAGCACCAAUAUGAACAUAACAUAUACUACUGGCAUGUCAUUGCAGCCAAGCUGGCUUUCAUCAUCGUCAUGGAGCAUGUCAUAUACUUCGUGAAGUUUAUUAUUUCAUACAUAAUUCCGGAUGUAUCACAAAAGACCAAGAGCAAGGUCAAACGAGAGCAAUACCUAACACAGAAACUCUUGCAUGAGAAUGAUCUCAAAGUUGUGAAAAAAACCAUGGGGAAAAUUGCCAACAACAUUAUCAAAGGAGUAGACAGCACUUUCCGACCUAAAGCUGAAUAA